UUGUAAUAAGAUAGCGCGAACAACAACACCCCACGAAUAGUAAAGAGAGAAAUAUCAGUAGCUGGCUGCGUUGUGUCGUCUUCUUCUCUCCACCAAUAUAUGGAUCUUCAACGAAGCCUCCUCCUCAAUUUCACGUAUUUCCCGCAAGAUAAGAGCAUGGAUGAGUCGCUGCUGCUAACGAUGGAGCUUGAAGACACGCGCCUUCAAGCCCAGGAGGAGCUCAAAACCAGAGACCAACAAAUCUCCCAACUCAAAGAAUUGCUAUCCGCCGCCAUCAGAGACCGCGACGAAGCUCACGACAAAUGCCAGAAGCUAAUGCUCCUCCUCCAACGCCAGUCCACCACGCCGCAUUCCAGCAUCGAGGACCGCAAUUCCGACUGCGACGAGAGCAUUGUCUCCUCGCCGCCGCCGGAGCAGGACCUCGCCAUUCUCAUAGACCACCGCCCCCUGCCGGAGAAGGGAAAGUUCCUGCAGGCCGUCAUGAAAGCGGGCCCUCUGCUGCAGACGCUCCUCCUCGCCGGCCCUCUGCCCCAGUGGCGCCACCCUCCGCCGCCGCUCGACUCCUACCAGAUCCCGCCGCCGCCCCUCUCCGCCAUCAACCGGAAAAGAGGCGCCUCGGAGAUGGAGAUUGAGAUGGAGAUGGAGAUGGAGAUGUCGCAUGACAACGCCCUCAAGUAUGAAAGAAUUAUGCUCCAAUGACAACCCUAAUUAUUGCCACAAAAAGGAAAUUUGCCGAUUUCUAAAAUUUUCUUGAAUUAUUAUUAGUAUGAUUGAAGAUUCAAGAUUAGGAAGGUGGGAAAUGCAGGUGGAAAUGAGUGAAAUUUUGUACAGUAGUUUGGUUGAGAGUUGAGAUGGGUGAAUGGUUAGACAGUCGUUUUCCGUGUCUUACUCCUUUUCUCCAAAACCCUCAACGGAUUUGUGACAUGCAUUCUCA